GCGGAUGGCGGUGCCGUCGUCGUCUUUAUUUGCGUAGUAAUUUUUCCGUCUUCGAUGGUUGUUUAAAUUCAAAGUUACACGAACGCGUAACUUUGCCUGCUUCUUCAAAACAAUUCAAGGAAUGUGAUGGCAAAAAAACAUAAAUCUUUUGGCUAAAUGAUGGAAACGUUGUGAAUACCAAGUAGUUAAAACGGAAUGAACAAAAUAAAUAAAUUAUAAAAAAAAAAUAAUAAAACAUAAAUUAUAGAAACAACAGCAAUAAAUAUGUACGAGUAAUACUCAUAUACAAGCAAAACACAAAUUACCCGUACAAAGAGCGCACAGGCGGGCGGGCGCUUUCGGCCGACAGGAGCAGCAGAACGACUUUGGCGACAGCAACGAUGACAGCUACCAUGGCGGCCAAAGAUACAAAUCAAUUGACGCGAAAUAAAGCCAGCGCCAUCAACUCCAGCUACCCAUUACGGCAGCAGCCACCAUUUUUCCAGCAGCAGCCAACAACACAAACAACGAUGGCUAGCAGAGCGAUAAAUAUUGGUUUUACUGGCUAUACACACGCUUACCUACAUCAUCAGCAGCAGCAGCAGCAACAAACACGCGGCGGUGCGACCAAUGGGGAAAUUUUAAAUGAAAGGGUGCAGCGAGAUGAAAUGGUCAGCAACCGUGUUGCCGCCGCGAAUGCAAUCGGUGUUGUAGUUGAUGAUGAUGAGGGCAAUGUCGAUGGCACUGGCAAUGUAUAUAAAGAUAGUGUCGCCAGCAUGGCUCCCAAUGGCGCAACGACGACAAAUGUGGUUGUUGUUGAUGAUAUUAAUCUAGCCGUUGACACUUGUACAGGUGUGCCGACAGCGGACGGCAUUCAAGUGGACGACGACGACGACGACGAUGAUGAUGAUGAUGAUAGCGAUUCAUUCGGUUCAAUGGAAACUUUGUCGGACAAUGUAGCUGUUUGGGUGGAUGGCGAAAAGCAUUGGGUGGCAGGUGUGGAUGCGAAUACAACUUGUGCGGAGCUGAUUGGCGCAUUGCUCAAUUAUCAAAACGCACAGCAAAUGCAACAAAAACGCCAUGAGCAACAGCAGCAGCAGCAGCAGCAUAUGUUUAAUGUCAAUAAUGGCAAAAACAACAAUUGUAUUAAGAAUAACAAUAACAGCAAAGCAAACGGCAACACCACCACCACCACCGCCAACAGCUUUAAUACGAAUAGCAGCAGCAGCAUCAGCCCACCACCAAAUACAGCCAUCAAUCAAUCAAUGUUAAUAAAAACAUCAACGAAUACCAAAGAAAAUUGCGUUCCCGUGCUAGCUGCAAGCAAUCACGUCGAAUUGACUGUUGGUGGUUGCUAUCCCGCUGCGCUUUCUGCGAUGGCGCUAACCGUUCCCGCAACUGGCUGUGGUGGCGAUGGUGGCCCUUUUAACGUUGGCAAUCACCGCCGCCUAGCGCAGGCAUGCGAGUACGUCAUUGUCAAGCAGCAUCGUCACUGUGAGGAGUAUUUAGAUGGGAAUGCGAAGGUAUUCGAUGUGCUGCCAGCGCAUGAUGGCUCCGCCAGGAAGGAGUGCGAAUUGCUACUACGACGCCUAGCUGCCGCCAACUCGAGCAACAGCACCAACAACAACAACAAUCAUGCGACUUUCACUACAUUUCCAGCCGGCGCAUUGCAUCGUCCCAGCUCACCGUCGCUCAACCUCAAUACACAGGUCUCUUCGCUGUUAUCCACGGACAAGGACAGCGGCAUGGGCAGUCCGGUGGGCAGUUCGCGUAGCGCGCGGCUACGUCGCCGCAAAUACAAAUCAGCAGCUACGGUGAGUUGGCUGGCACAGGCGAAUACAUUGCAUCCACGCGUCUCACAGCGCGCUGUCGCCGCUUUUAGUGGACUCAAUACACAGCUGACCAAUGCACAUGGUGACAAUGGGAAGCACAUUGCUGUCAUUGAACAGGCAUUGGGCGAGGAUGGGUUGGGCGUGGAUGCGCUGAAUGGGUUAGGUGGAGGCGGUGUAGGAGGAGGAGGCGGUGGAGGAGGCGGCGUAAGUGCAAAUGAGCGGCUUCUGAAAAUUAUUCUAGCACAGGAUGAAACCAUUCAUCGUCAGUUGGCACUUCUAAGAGAGAAGGAACGACAAAUUUCUAAAAUUGAAGAGGAAAAGCAUCGUGUCCGCGAACGCGAAUUGGGAAAAAAUUACCUGCUCGAAACGUACCUGAAUGGCUUGGAUGAAGCGAAUGUGGAGCACGAUUUGGAUGGAGGCACCGAUGUUGGAGGAUUUGCCGAUAGUCCACUUAAUGAAUUCAAUGAUGUACGCCAUGCCGAUACCAUUGCUGCUGCUACCAAUGAUGCUGGCGGUGAUGGGCAUGACAAUGACGCUGAUGUGGAAAUUUUUAUAGAUGAACCGUAUCACCGCACAGCAAGGACGACUGCGGCGCACACAACCGCAGCACCAACAACUAAAAAGGAUAUUGUGGCAGGUAAAACAAGGGACUGCAAUUUGGAUGCACGCCACUCGAAAAAAAUGAAAGAAGAUUUCACUGGCGGAGGAGGUGGGCUUGCUGUGGUAAUGACUGCGGAGAAGACAGAUGCAAAUGAACCGCUGGCUGCUGCCACCAGCCACGGAAAUGAGAAGGAAAUAGAUGUGCAACUCUUUUGGCUGGAAAAGAUCUAUGCACUUAACAAGCAGCUGCAGCGCGAAGAGGAAAUGCUGCUGAAGCUGCAUGCAAAAAUAAGAAAACAUCAGGUGAAGCGCGCCUAUCAAACAAAGCGCGAGGUGGUGCAACAAAUCGAGAAAUUGGAUGCAGAGCUGACGUUGCAGUGUUGUGACAUACGCGCAGUGGAGAGUAAAUUACACGCGUCCAAUGAGCAAUUGAAACAGAAGUUGGGCGUGUUGGAGCGAUUGAGUCAAGAAUUUCUGGAGACAAUGGACCAAGCAGCGCCCCCAGCGGAGGCUGAAGAGCAAAGUGUAGCCGAAGUGGCAGCUGAUGCUGAUAGUGAGGCAACUGUUAAUCGAAUGCCAGAUGUAAUUAACAAUGAAGAUCACAAUCUUGCAACAGAGAUGGCGUUGCGUGCCACAGCGACAAUGGCGAGGGAGAAUAAAUUGCAAGAAACGACCGUUGAUGAGUUGCAUGCAAAACAGAUGACGACGGUGGAGUUUGGUGGACAGCAACAAGGUUGCCAGUUGCAGUCACAAAGAAGUGGCGUAGCCGAUGAAGAUGUGUGGCAUAGACAAAAUAAUGCCAAGUUGCACUUGCCACAUGCAAUGCAGUCAGCCACCCAAGCGUUGCAUACAGAUUUGAAUGGCAGAAGUGAUUCGAAGGCGUGGGGGGAAGAAAGUACAGCAGCACCAGCAACAGGAAUAGUAACAGUACCAUCAUCAGCUGAGGACGGAGAAGCAACAAGAACAACAACAGCAGCUGCAAAAGAAGCUGCUGCCAUGGCAGCAAGCCACGCAUCAGCGGUAGGCUUCAAACUGACAGCGCCAGGCUAUGCCGUUUCAUCGUCAAGUGCAAGAAUGACAGCAGCAGCAAUAACAACAACAACAAGACCGUUGGCAACAACAAUAAAUGCCACAGCAGAUGUAACAACAGUCGCCGCAACUGCAUGCAACAUGCCAGCUAUGUCGCCGGCGGAAGGAAAACCAACCACGGCACUUCAUCUUGCUCAGCUGCAACUGCCACAACUACAGCAAGAACAAUUGCCGCUGCCUGCAGAAGAUAAUUCGCAACAAUGUGUCGAUGCUGAUGACGUUCUCGUCGAUGCACUUGCAGCCGUUGGCGGAGUGGUGUUGCCACAAAGCAAUUAUCCAAUUAGUUGCAUUAAUCAUGCGGCCAUACAUGCCACCAGCCAACUCUCAACGAGGCAAAUUAUUGUCGCAGCUGGUGGUGAUGGCCUCAGCACAGCAGUGGCUGGGAAGUUAACGCCUGAGCAAACAUUGUCAGCCGCCUAUGCAACAGUGUCGUCGUCGACAACACCGUCACCUUCUCCGUCGUCUCCGUCGUAUCCGUCAUCGUUGUCAAUGGCAAAUGCUUCAAUUAUCCAGCAACAACAACAGCUGCAGCAUCAACUACACCAGUACCAGCCGCAAUUACUACCGCAGCGGCAGCAUAUCAACAUGAACAGUUACAUGCACAGCAACUGCGCCAGCAAUUACAACAACAACAACAACAGUAAUAGCAACUGCAAAGACAAUCAUACAAAUGACAAGAAUUUGCUACCGCCUUCGCAUGCCGCCCACACGAAAACGUUGCAAAAACAAAUGUUCGGUCCGAAAUCUCUUAAACAAAUGCUGCCGGCUGCGCCGCCGCCAAAAAUAAUACAGGUUUCAGCAGCACCAAUGACCACACCUUCCACUUCGACUAUAGCCGUAACGCCUUCCCCGCAUGUAGGUGCACAUGCUGGCUUCGGUAUACCAUCCAUGUUAGCACCGCUGCGCCCCACAACGCCAACAGCACUGUUGCCUCCUACACCUGUAAUUCCCUUUGAUGUGACAACGCAGCGCAGCAGUGUUGAUAUCACGCAGUUGGGCACACUGGUCUAAAGAUAACGAUGAGGUUUUGUCGUUGGUCAACAGCCGCGCUGUCACACAGCCAUCGGUAGCCAGUGGGCAUAUGGACAUGGCACAAAGGGAGUGGCCCUAAGUGGUUCACUGCACAUAUGACGUACUUACGUAGGUCCCUCUUUCGCGGUAAUGAUGCGCUGCACAGUGGUUGGAAGUUGGUAAAAAUUUUGUGUGUUGCAAAAAUUCUUAAAAUGCAUACAUACUAAGCGGAGAUUUUACCCAAGUUAAGAAAAUGUAUAUACACAAAGUCUACAUAUAAAACAUGCAUACUUAUACCUAACCUUGAAAGUAGAUUUAAGUACAUACAAAAAAUAGUAAUAUAGUACCUCAUUAUAAUAUUUAUUGGAUUCGGCAAAUGAGGAAAACUAAAUAUAUUCAAACAUUUUCUGAAAUGCAUAAAUAUAUUCAU